UUCGUGAAUAUCUUCACCAAAUUAAAAAACAACAACAAACCACACACACACACAAAAACCAAACCCACAACCAAACCCUAGUGAGUGGGAUUGGCAAAUGGGAUUAUUAAUCCUGGCCCAGAAUAAAGGAGGCAGCAGACUCCAUGCAGACCCCUCGGCGAAAGGAAGCAUCCAGCCACACACCUACCUUCAAGGGCUGCACCGGACUGGGGCUUUAACCAGAUGGAGUUCAGAGCAGCUCCUUACAAGUGUGCUCCCUGCAGGAGAUUCGUGGGGGAUCCUUGCCUUCCUGUGUGCCACGCUCUGGAACCUGCCUGUGGUGCCUGCACUGAACAGCACGGACCAAGUGACUACCACCAGACAGUCCAUCCAGCAGACGUACGACCUUACUCGCUACCUGGAACACCAGCUGCACUCGCUUGCAGCUACUUAUCUCAGCUACCUGGGGCCACCUUUCAAUGAGCCGGACUUUGAUCCUCCCCGGCUAAUCGGGGCAGAGGCUGUGCCCAGUGCCACCGUGGACUUUCAGGAAUGGCACAGCCUGAAUGACAAUGCCCGGCUGGCAGCCAACUACCAGGCCUACAGCCACCUGCUGUGCUACCUGAGCACCAUGGAUGGGAAAUCCCCAGUCGCCAUGCCCACCCUGCGUCACAGCCUCGCGCACUUCCGUGCCAGCCUGCAAGGGCUGCUGGGCUCCAUUGCUGGCAUCAUGGCUUCCCUGGGCUACCAGCUUCCACCGACGCCGACGGAUGGUACGCCUCCACUCCGCAGCCAGUUCCUGCGCAAGAUGGACGACUUUUGGCUGCUCAAGGAGCUGCAGACCUGGCUGUGGCGCUCGGCCAAGGACUUCAACAGGCUGCGCAAGAGGGUGCCCCCUUCUGCUGUUAUGCUGCACCUCGAGAGCAGGGGCCUCUGAGCCCUGACCUUCACCAGCCUCUCUGCCUUCGCCUCAUCCACUGACAUC